CACGGCGCGGUCUGGGUCGAGGGGGCGUGGCAAAGGGAAGAUGGCGGCGGCCGCCGGCGGGGGGGGCUUCGCGGUCUCGGUGCUGGCCCCGAAUGGGCGGCGGGUCACGGUGCGGGUGGGCCCCGGCACCACUCUGCUCCAGAUUCUAGAGGAAGUUUGUGGGAUGCAGAACUUCAAUGCCAACGAGUAUGAUUUGAAGUUUCAGAGGUCUGUGCUAGAUCUUUCUCUGCAGUGGAGAUUUGCCAAAUUGCCCAACAAUGCCAAGCUGGAGGUGGUGCCAAUCUCUCGUAACAGAGUGGGAACUGAAAACAGAGUUCAGAUUGCAUUGCAGUUGGACAGUGGGUCCCGGUUACAGGACACCUUUCGCUCUGGCCAGACACUGUGGGAACUUCUCAGCCAUUUUACACAAACCAGGGAGUGUGUGGAGCAGCACGGUGAAUUCUCUCCAGUCUGUAUUUACAUGCGAGAUGAGAUAGCAGGGAAAGCUGCCCUGGAGAGGACAACACUGAAAUCACUUGGUCUUACUGGAGGCAAUGCCAUCAUCAGGGUUGUCAUGAAGAAAUGUGGCUCCUCUGGCCAGGAGGCAGCUGUGGACACAGUGGCCCCAUUUAGCAAGCUGCCAGUGAGCCCAGUCUCUACUGAAGAAGCAGUAGAUAUGCCAUUACCUCACGCAAGCAUGUCCUCAAAGGACUUGGACCCCAGAGAUGUGGCCUUCUCUUUAAACGUCUGCACAGACAAGCAGGACUUGAUUAAAGUAUCCCAGGCCAGCUUGGGGGAGUUGUGGCCUCCCUCAGAUCCUGCGCCUGCCCCAUUUGUCCCUUUCUUUGGAGAUGGACAGCGUCUGGGGGGGACCCCUGUAGCUGCAGACUUUCCAGUGUCAGAUAUGCUAUCUUCAAAGCUGCCAACAUCUCUCUCCAGUCCUGGAGGCCCUUCUAAACCAAAGAAGUCUAAGACCAGCCGAGAACAGCUAAAGGAGCAAGAGCAGAUUGAGCUUUUGGAGCGAGAGCCAGUCGUUUGCCAUCCAGACCUGGAAGAGCCACUGUCUGCUGGCCCACAGGAUCUUCCUGAUGAGUUCUUCGAAGUCACAGUGGACGAUGUGCGGAAACGCUUGGCCCAGCUGCAGAGUGAGAGGAAACGUCUGGAAGAAGCUCCCUUCAUGACAAAAUCUUUGAGAGAAGCUCAGAUGAAGGAAAAGUUAGAGCGCUACCCAAAGGUCGUGCUUCGAGUCCAGUUCCCAGACCGUCAUGUUCUGCAAGGGUUCUUCCGCCCCAAUGAAACUGGUAAGAGCAUCCCUGCUUCUGUCUCACUGGUGAUGCCUAGCCUGUGGUGCCACUUACAAUUGUGAACUAGUGUUACAGGA